CUGUGCGCUAGAAGUAUAAUCUGUGGGAAUAGGAAGGCGUAUGACAGCUGCUGUGCGAAGUGUUAUGAUUGGGGAUUAGAGAACAGCGAGAACUGUUCAGCUAUUUCAAAUGUUGUGUAGAACAGUAAUUUGUUGGUGCUUAAUAUUACUGAGCUGUAUAGAAUGUGCACAGAGUCAAUCAUAUGAAGAUGUUCGUUGCAAGUGUGUAUGCCCAAAUCCUUCAGUUGUUAAUGUGACACAGUCGAAUCGAAAGCUGUACAUUCGCAAUGUACCUCCUAACCAGUGCAAUUGCGACAAUGUGAUCCUGCCCCAAGUAGGAGAUGAGAUUAAGGGCAAGGAGCAGGAAUUUUGUCCCAGGUGUGAAUGUAAAUAUGAAAGUCGAAAUACAUCAAUAAUUAAGUAUGUAGUCAUAAUAGUUAUUUGGAUAAUUUCCCUCCUUGUCAUCUACAUGCUGUUUUUGAUUUGCUUGGAUCCACUCUUGAACAAACGUGUAAAAGGCAGCUAUCAAGAACACAAUAAUGAAGAGGAUGAGCCCAGCACUAGUGUUGAUGGAACUACCUCACAUGCUAUGGGUGUAAGAGGAAAUGUCCUGAAUCGUGUUGGCCAUCAGCAAGAUAAGUGGAAAAGACAAGUUAGGGAACAGCGGAGGAACAUAUAUGACAGACAUACUAUGCUUAAUUAACAACCUUUCAUGCAAAACAUUUUUGUAACUAUUUUAUUCCCAUGGUAUUUUGUACAUCCAAGUAAAUGUAAAUAUGCUUAGAUGAUUCUGUUGUAAUGUGUCCUGUCUGUCCAUGUUGUUUUUAAUCCUUCAUUACAUGUAAAUAUAUCAGAUCUUAAUAACGAAGUGCACAACUGUUUUCUCAAAUUUGUGAGGAAAUAGACCUGUUACUUCUACUUUCUAAGAACAAAUUAUAUAAAAUGUGUUAAUAAAUUUUGGAAGAUAAAUAAAAUGUUUGUAAUUGUUA